GAACACAAUUGGUUUCAAUCGAUGGCUGAUGAAUCUGAUGUAUCCGUAAAUAAACUCUCUUGUGCUAAUUGUUCCAAACCUGCAAAUCUUCAGUGUCCAAAAUGCAUUGAAUUGAAGCUUCCCCGUGAAGGUUCGGCAUUCUGAUUGGUUUAGUUAUUAGUGAUUAGCAUUUUGGUGAAAGGGAUGGCAUUGUUGCUCCGAAGGGCACCAUAUAGAAGCUCUCAGGAAUGUUUUAAAUCUUCAUGGAGUUCGCACAAAUCAGUACAUUUGAAGGCAAAGGUAUCCGCAGUUGGCACACAGAAUUCAGACUCACUUGGUGAAGGAUGGUUAUAUUGCGUGAAGAGAGGGCAGGGUCGAACUCCAAAGCUUCCUUACUUUGAUUGGACUGGGGCACUGCGGCCAUAUCCCAUAUCUGGUAAACGGAUUGUCCCAGCUCAUAUUGCUAUACCUGAUUGGGCUGAUGAUGGAAUUCCCAAAGAUGAGCCCAAUAGUUAUCUGCAGCAUACUGUCGAGAUCAAGACGCCAGAUCAGAUCGAAAGAAUGAGAGAAACAUGUCGGAUUGGAAGGGAGGUGUUGGAUGCAGCCGCUCGGAUUAUUCAGCCUGGCGUGACAACUGAUGAAAUUGACAGAGUAGUUCACGAGGCAACUAUUGCUGCAGGAGGAUACCCGUCGCCUCUCAAUUACCAUUUCUUCCCAAAAUCUUGCUGCACGUCAGUUAAUGAAGUUAUCUGCCAUGGAAUUCCUGAUGCAAGGAAGCUUGAGGAUGGUGACAUUGUAAAUGUUGAUGUUACUGUGUACUAUAAAGGUGUUCAUGGUGAUCUCAAUGAUACAUACUUUGUGGGAAAUGUGGAUGAAGAGUCUCGUCAGUUGGUCAAAUGCACAUAUGAGUGCUUGGAUAAGGCAAUAUCCAUUGUUAAACCUGGGGUACGAUUCCGUGAAAUUGGCGAAGUUAUUAAUCGUCAUGCUUCAAUGUCAGGCUUCUCAGUGGUAAAAUCAUAUUGUGGUCAUGGAAUUGGAGAGCUUUUCCAUUGUGCACCAAACAUUCCUCAUUAUGGAAGAAAUAAAGCAGUUGGUGUGAUGAAGGCUGGUCAAACCUUUACAAUUGAGCCAAUGAUCAAUGCAGGUGUCUGGCGUGAUCGACUGUGGCCGGAUGGAUGGACUGCUGUUACAGCAGAUGGUAAACGAAGUGCUCAAUUCGAGCAUACUCUUUUGGUGACAGAAACUGGUGUUGAAGUUUUAACUGGGAGGUUGCCGACAUCACCAAAUGUUUAUCCUUGGUUAAAUUCAUAAUCGAGUAAAUUCAGGAAACAUUUUGGUGUAUCUUAUUUGUAACAUUUUGGUCAAAAAUAUGAUUAGCAAAAAGAUGUGUUUUGAAGAUGAUUUGAUUUUGCAACUUUGUUGUGGUUUUUUUUUCCUUUCUGCUUGUUAUUUGAGCCUAAAUUUUGAAUAUCAGGGCUUCAUGAUAUUUGUGGUAUAUCACAGUUGUAUUUGUUUUUCAUUGCCAUUUUCUUGACACAAGUCCUCUAUAAUGUUUUAAAAGGAGAUCAAAUUACUAUGAAAUCUGUCAUUGUUUUGUAUGUCAA